GGUCGGGGCGCCCGCGGUGUGGGAGGCCGAGAAGGCUCGGGGAGGCUCGGCGCGGCCCCGCGAGCUCGGCGCGGCCCCGGGAGCUCGGCCUCCCUUUGUGCCACCUCGCUGUCACCGCGCCCGGUGGUUUUGGGGUGAGGACUCGCACACACGGGGGGAACAUCCCCCCGCCAGGCCGCUCCGCCGGCGCGGGAGGAGCGUGACCCCGGUCUCCAUCCCGGUGCCGGGACACGGAGGAGCGUUCGGGGCGGACAAGGAGGCCGUUAUGCGCGGGGCCGCGGCGGUGGAAGGUCACCGAGCCCGGGCUCGAUAUUCGGCGCCGAAGUGUCAGGGUGCGAAGGGGUUCGCGGCGCGUGUUCGCCGCGGCAGCUGCCGGAGCUGGACAAAGCAGGGCACACGGCCGAGCUCGGCACGGCCAACCGGCCCCGGCGCGGGGUCACCGGAUCCGGCGUCCGCGGCGAGCUGCCCGCGCGGCUUUGUCUGCGGCAUGUGCUCGGCUGCGGCCGGGCAGGGCUCAACCGGGCUUCGCUGCACGGGGGCUUUGAGGGCGCAGCCGGCGGGGAGCCCCCUGCCGCUGCCGAGCUCCGGGCUGGAGCCGGAGCGGGAGCAGGGCCGGAGCGGGAGCCGUGUGCCGGCUCGGCGCGGCGCAGUGCCGGGGGCCCCCCGCUUCCCGCCGGCGCAGGCGGUUGUCUGGCCGCGGCACGGCGGCAGCGCCGGUUAUUGUCGCCGCCUUGAUGAGCUGUGAAUACUAAUAAAAUUAUAUCUGCUUUAAUGGGA